UGUAACAUUUUCUGAUUACAUGUUAUUGAGUAUUCUCCCUUCACAGAAAAAUCUUAUCUUGAUUUUGAUUGGUUUAUAUUAUGUAGAGCAUACAAGAUGGAGGGAAGACCUAUCAUCUGCUAUUUUUUGAAGAAACGUUUUUGUGCUUAAACAGGGAAAAUCAGCAGUUAUAUUACAUCUAAUAAGUACAAAUAUCUGAUAUUAACAAUGGAGGAUGAUUCAAGCAACGGACCAUGUACCUCAACAGGAAAGGAUGAUUGUAACUUUCCAGCAGAAGAUAACUCUACAUUUUCUGUGUUUGAGGCUGAUUCUGGUACUCAUAUGCCUUGUGUACAAGUGCAUUCUAAGGACAAAGAAGUUUUAGACUUAAUUGAUAAGUUUCAUACAAGAAAGUCAACACAAUGGGCCCUACAAAGUUGGAGUACUUGGAAUAAUGAAAGAAUAGAAGAAAACCCUGGUCAGCCUAUCUUCUCUUGUUUUUAUGAGUUAUGCAGGCAAAGAAGUGAGGUCAUGGAUGACAAUCUAUCAAGGUUUGUCACUGAAUGCAAGAAUAAGGAAGGUGAAAACUAUACACAGGAGACCUUACGUGGAGUUCUUUUUGGACUGCAGCGAUAUUUAAAGACUUACUGUGCAAGUCAAAAGACAAAACCAAUCAUUUUUGUGAAAAAUAGUUACCAGUUUCCUAAAUAUAAUGAAGCACUGAAGAAAAAACUUAAGUUCUUGGCUGAUAUAGGUGUUUCUAAAAGGAAUGUGCAAGCAGUUGGGAUAACACAUAAAGAGGAGGAACAUCUUUGGGACAUUGGGGUAUUCGGCUGCAAUUCAGCUGAAGUUAUAAGCGACACAGUGUUCUUUUAUAUUGUCAAAAUAUUUGGAAUUGCUUCGUCAACUGGUUUGAGAAUAAUUAAACCCGAUACAUUCCUUUUUGGAGAAAAUGAAUUAGGAAAAUAUGUUGAAAUGGACUCAAACUUUGCCAGUGACUUAGAAGUAUAUAAUCACGGCACUUGUUGUCACAAUUUAGCACUUCUUGCACCCAAUACCACAACUAAACUGCGUCAUUACUGUGAUGAAAAUAACCCACGGACAUUCUAUAACAUAUUGAAAUACUAUCUGGAAAUGAUUAAAAAUGUAGAGGGCAGUGAUAAUUGUUUCUUUCUGAGAGCUAAGAAAGAUAUGCUGUUUAGCAAUCAAGUCAUUGGGCGUAACCAGCUUCAAAGAAAAUUUUGUAAAAUAAUGAAUUCAGCUGGUUUAAAUGGGUACUUUACAACUCAAGCCCUAGUCCAAUCAUGUCUUGACAAUCUACAGAUCAAAGGCUACAUGGUUCGAAGGAAACAAUUAUUCAUGGCCAAACAUCAACUUGAAAUAUGUAAGCUUCUUGAUCCCCCACCUGGCAUAGUUAAUACCUAUGUAGUCAAAUCCCAAACUAAAGCAAUCCUCCAGCUAGUUAGCCCAAGUCAUGGUAUACCUUUACAAAAUCAGCCGCACUCAAAUACAGGUGAGGUUCAGUAUUUUUAUCAAGUUAGUCAACAAUGCCCACAGCUUCAAAGUGUAUUAAAAGUUCAGCAGAAUUCACAUAGCACAGUUCCUAUCCAACCUCGUCAAACUGAAAUUUAUAAAACUAUUACAAAAACUCCGGCAACUAUUCCGGUGCGGACAUCAACUGAAACAAUGCAUAGUACUGGUACAAUUCAGAAAAAUAGCGACACUAUUCCUAUUCCAGUGUCACUUCAAAUGGCAACAUCCACUAAUUCUGACAAUGUGUGGUUACAAGACAACUCUGAAAAUAUAUCAGCUGAUACAAAUGAACAGGAGUUUGAAAAUAUCAUCAUAAAGCAAGAACCAAUGGAUAAUGAUGGUGAGUGCUACAAACCACCAACAAGUCCUAAUACUAACCAAAACAAUGCUAAACUGAAAAGAAAACUGGAUGAUAAGGGACCAAAUAAAAAAGCAAUAAAGACUUUAAAAGCCAGUGAUAUAAACAGAGGAUCAGAAAAACCAAAAACAGCAGAAUUUGACGAAGGUGAAACUGAAAAUGUCAUUGAAAAUAAAAGUGAAGAAUCUCAAGGUGAAAUUAAAGAAGAAGAGGUCACAAAGGAGACCCAUGAAGCAGAACUAGAGUACUCAUUUAGUAAUGAUUUAAACAAAAAAAUAACUAAACAGGAAGUGAGUCUUAAUGAGGAAGGUGAAACUAUGUUUAGUUUUAGUGGUUCCAGUAAAAUGGGGAAAUCUGUUGGUGACCUUGACAUUAACCUUGGUGACUAUCUACCAGAAAACUGCACAAUCAAACCAGGGGAUAUCAAUAUCAAGAGGAUGAUUUUAUCAGAUGGAGGGAAAAUGGUGAUAAAGUUGAAAUACACGACCCACUAAACAGUAACUGAGAUUUGCCAGACCUUUGUUGUUGGGCAAUUCAUUGCAUGAGACAAAAUCCAGGCAUUUUAUUUAUAGGAAAUCUUUUGACAGUUUCAAUGACAAAAAAAAAAACCAACAAAAAACCCAGUUGUCUCUGGUUUGUUGGAAUGAAGUUCUGUUUCAAUAUUCUUUCUUUUAAAUGUCUAAACCAAUUUUAAACACCACCAAAAAUAAGUUAACUUUUUCUGUACACAGUGCUGUAGGCAGAUAUACACAAUUUGACAAGUGAAUGAAAAUAUGUCAGUAAAAAACUUUAUUAUUAGACAGUCUUAUAGAAAUAGUCUAUUGUUAAUGAAACUUUGUGUUAUGUAUGAUAGUAUUUAUAAAGAGACAAAAAUAUACCUUAUUUCAUUUAAUAAUUUAUUGAUUAACACAGUUAAAUAUCUUAAACCUUUGUUAUUAUAUAGAUGUCAGCUAGACAUUCUUACAAUUUCUAUGACCAGAAAGCUGGUACCGGUUUAUACUAUCUAUCUGUCCACUUCUUGUCUGGUCCAUAACUUUGUUAUUUAUUGAUAGAUUUUACUGUACAUUUAAGACAAUGUAUCACAUGCAAGAUCAAGGUUUUCCAGGUCAAGGUCAUUCAGAUUUGAAAGGAUUUUUUUCUUAAAAGUGCAUUGAUGGUUAUGUCUGAUCAUUUCAGAAUGAAUUUUAAAAUGAUUUACACGAAUGAGUUUGAUAUGAUACUGAACAGUUGCUUACAAAAAUAAUGUCUCAAAGGUCUCAGUCACUUUUGUAUCUCCAAAGUCAUAUGAUUGUCAAUAAAUGUUUGUUUCUGUCAUAUAUGGAUAGAUUUUGAAAUUAGUAGGCAUUGAUUUGUGGGACAUAAAGAAGAUUCGUCAUUGGCAAAAUCUAGGUCAACAGUUAGAAAGGUGAAGGUUUAUACAUUGUACAUGUACUUGGAUGUCAAUUAGUACGAAGUUGGAUGCCAGGUCAUACAUGUAGCUCUGUCAUUUAUUUAUGAUUGCUUUUGGAAAUAAUCUGCCAUAAUGAAUAUAUAAGAAAAUAUUAAUGUUUUUUGUUCUUGUAACACUAAUAGUAACAGAGCCUUUAUUUUAAGUCAAAGGUUAAUGGUUCCUUUUAUGGGCUUGGCUUUGGGGGCAUUUUUCUGUUUCCAGCAAGAAGUUUUGUUUCAUAACUAUAUAUAAACACUGAUAUAAAUACCUGAUUAUUAAAAACUGCUGUAUCAUCAUGAAACUUAGAAUUUACCUUUAACUUAAAUAAUUUUUACUAUUUUUUAAACUUUUCCUAAUUAAGCACUUGAUUUAUUGAAAAAAGAUAAACAUAAACAAAGUUACAAUUUGUUAUCAUGUUAUGUUGUAUUCUUUUGUUUUCUGAUGUUCAAUGUUAAGUGUAGAAGAGCUUUGUUAACAAUUACAAAGUAAAAAACUGUAAUGUUUUGUUGUGCUUUCUUAUUGUGCUUUCUUAUUGUGCUUUCUUAUUUGUUACUAGUAAUUCUUGCCAAAGAUAUAAGCUCCCUGGCUUUCAUCACAUAAUUACAAAACUACAAAAUGACACAAAAAUAUAGAUUUGCCUUUUCAUGUAAUAUCCAUAUAUAUUACUUUACAGCUAAAAGUUGCCUAUCGGCUCCAGUCUCGGUGAAUUAUCUGUAUAUAUGGUAAAUCAGUUUUAUGUUUGUUAAAUAACUAACUUUGUUUUAGUAACUUCCCAUAUGAAUACAAGAUGUCAGUGCUGACAUAAGAGCUAUGAUUAACUAUGUCUAGGCAUUAGAUAGCCGUUACAGAGAGAAAGCUUCUAACUUUUUAUGUAUUUCAUAAUUAUAAUGUAUUAAAAAGAAAAUUAUAUAAUUAUGCCAAUAAUUAAUACAGGAAUUUUAUUUGAUGUUAAAAUGUUUCCAAAUCUGCUAA